CCCAAGCCAGCAAGCAAGCCCACUUCAACUUCCGGGUCGAAACCUUUCUUCGAACGCAAGAAGAACCCCCACCCCGAACGCGACCUACCCGAGCCGGCGAUGGCGACGGUGGCGAUGGACAUCUCGAAGCCCACGCCGGCGGCGUCCGGCGACGAGGCCGCGACGGCCGCGAAAGGGAGGAGCGGCGCCGGGGGCGAGGGGCUGCGGCAGUACUAUCUGCAGCACAUCCACGACCUGCAGCUCCAGAUCCGGCAGAAGACCCACAACCUCAACCGCCUCGAGGCCCAGCGCAACGACCACAACUCCCGAGUUAGAAUGCUCAGGGAAGAGUUGCAGUUGCUUCAAGAGCCUGGCUCAUGGGGAAAUCAAAGGUUCUGGUGA